UCUGCUAGCUCCUCCUUGCAAGUGUGACAAGGCGCCAUGCUUUCUCAGUCUCUGCUCGCGCUUGGUUUGCUCCUCCUGCUGAGCCUGAGCCUCGACGGAGAGGUGGCUCUAGCGGCGGAAGACGGCGAGUUCGCCUACCAAGGAUUCGCCACGGCGAACCUUACGCUGGAUGGCCUCGCCACCGUCAUGCCCAACGGCCUCCUGCUGCUCACCGACACGGAGUCCUCGAACACGGGCCAUGCCUUCCACCCCGCGCCACUCCAGUUCCUCCUCGAAAGUUCCACCACGACGACGAGCAGCACCACCAUGGCGCGGUCCUUCUCCACGACCUUCGUGUUUGCCAUUUCGUCCAGGUACGAUGGCCUGACCAGCUACGGGCUUGCGUUCGUGGUCGCUCCGACCUCGAACCUCUCGACUGCGAACGGCGGGCGGUACAUGGGCCUCCUCAACGCGACAAACGGCACGGCGAGCCACCGCAUCCUGGCGGUCGAGCUCGACACCAUCAUGGACGUCGCGUUCCGCGACAUCGACAGCAACCACGUCGGCAUCGACGUCAACAGCCUAGUCUCACGGCAGGCCAAGCCGGCUGGGUACUACAGCAACGAGAACGGCGCCUUCCAAGAUCUGAGGUUGAACAGCCGCAAACCGAUGCAGGUGUGGGUGGACUAUGACGCCCAAGCCAGGCGAAUCAAUGUGACAUUAGCACCUGUGCAGGUACCAAAGCCCAGGAAUCCUCUACUCUCCGAGGUUAUUGAUCUCUCCACGGUCAUGGUGGACGAAAUGUACGUCGGCUUUUCUGCUUCUAGCGGUACUCCCGGUGACAAUCACCACUCUGUCCUUGGAUGGAGUUUCAGCUUCGACGGACCUGCCCCGGCGCUAGACUUCUUCAAGCUUCCCGCCCUGCCACGCCUAGGUCCCAAGCCUCGGUCCAAGAUCUUGGACGUCGUGUUGCCACCGGCCACGGUAUCGCUUGUCAUUGCCGUGCUAGCUGCCGUGUUCUUCUUCUUGUGGCAUCGGCGCCGAUUUGCCGAGGUGAGAGAAGAUUGGGAGGAUGAGUUCGGCCCACACCGUUUCGCAUACAAGGAUUUAUUUCAUGCCACUGAGGGGUUUUCGGGUAGGAAUUUACUUGGAGUGGGAGGAUUUGGAAGAGUGUACAGAGGAUUGCUUUCUGCGUUCAACUUGGAGGUUGCGGUGAAGAGGGUGUCACAUGAUUCUAAACAAGGACUAAGGGAGUUCAUUGCGGAGGUGGUGAGCAUUGGCCGUCUCCAACACCGGAAUCUCGCACGGUUACUAGGCUACUGCCGUCGGAAGGGUGAACUUCUCUUGGUUUAUGAGUACAUGGAAAAUGGUAGUCUUGACAAGUACUUGCAUACUCAAAAUAAGCCAGCUCUACAUUGGCCUGAGAGGUUUCGGAUCAUCAAAGGUGUCGCAUCAAGCUUGUUGUAUCUUCAUGAGGAAUGGGAGCAAAUUGUCAUCCAUCGAGAUAUAAAGGCUAGCAAUGUGCUCUUGGACAGUCAGAUGAAUGGACGGCUCGGUGAUUUUGGUCUAGCAAGGUUAUACGACCAUGUCACAGUUUCUAAAACAACACAUGUGGUGGGCACCAUGGGGUACCUUGCACUGGAACUUAUACGCACCGGGAAGGCAACACCCUUAACCGAUGUGUUCGCAUUUGGUGUGUUUAUCCUUGAGGUCGCAUGUGGGCGUAGGCCAAUCAACAGUAGCAAGGAUAUCACAGAGUUAGUGUUGGUCGAUUGGGUGCUUGAACAUCACCGCAACGGCUCAAUUCUCGACGUGGUCGAUCCACGUCUUAUGGGGAAUUUCAACACAGAGGAAGGCACCCUGCUGCUCAAAUUAGGUUUGUUAUGCUCCUACCCAUCGGCCAAUGCAAGACCUAGCAUGCGAAAGGUCAUGCAAUACCUGAACCGCGACCAGUCAAUUCCUGACCUGUCCGCCUACAUGAGUUACAACAGGAUAGCAAUGAUGCAGAAUGAAGGGUUCGAUUCAUACGUAAUGUCGUACCCUUCAUCGAAUACGAAUAUUUGUGUUGUAUCUGGUGAGUCUUCGGUGUCGAUUCUUGAAGAGGGAAGGUGAAUGCUUUUAAUUUACACCUCUUUUUUUAUUCUUCUCUCAAUGUUCCUUUAAGAACCUGUAAUC